AUGUCUUUGCAACAGCUCAACGCAUCAGCAACAGCGCUGCUUGUUGCGCUCCUGAUUAUUGCCGCUGGCAGUGCGCUGGGCGCCACAGUCACCGUCACCCAAAGAGUUACUGUUAUCAAGGAGCCGUUGCCGUUGGCGGAACAAUUGCGCAUCUGGCAGUGCCGACAAAAGUGCUAUCACCAAGCGUUGCUGCAGCCAACAUUGCCAGGACUCUGCCACACACGGCCGGAUUGCUUUAUGUGCCAUGACUAUUGUCGCGUCCUUGUCGUUGCCGAGUGGAGCCUGGCCCGGUCAAUGUGUGCGGAUCGCAUCUUCUGCAGCCGGGGCUGUAGGACCGCCUGUGCCUUUCAUCAGCUGCACACGGCCCGAGCGGCGCCAUUUGCUAGUGCGCUCAACAAGCCGUGA